AUGAGUGUUGAUACAACACAGCCUCGACAACCACCAGCAACUCCCACUUACAUCUUACGCGGACAUGUCGCCCCAAUCCAUGCCCUACAAAUCUUUAAUACAAACCUUCGCAUAGUGUCAGGAGACGCCGAUGGCUGGAUUAUCGUAUGGGAUCUUGUAUUCAAGCGCCCCAUAGCGGUAUGGAAAGCGCACGAGGGAGCCGUCCUCGAAGUCAAAGGAUUCGGCCUGGCAGCUGGAGCGAUGACAGAAAUAUACACACACGGAAGAGAUCAUAAGCUAAAAGUGUGGAGGUUCCGAGUGCAAGACGAGGAGUCUCUCCAAAAAACUCUUCCGGUUGAUAUCGGCGACUCGUCUCAAUCAGGCACUGGGAACCAACCCUGGCUUGUGCAUUCUCUGCCCGUGAAUGCGCUGAACUUUUGCGCAUUCUCUAUGCAGUUCCUCGAGACUGGUCUACAUACACAUGAAGACGAUGGAAGUAAACCAUCCGAUAGUGUUCCCCCGUCAUCUGCGCUCAUCGCGGUCCCGAAUGCCCUGGACUCUGGCGCUAUUGAUUUAUUCCAUCUACCUAGGGAACGCAGAAUCUGCACGAUCCCUGCGGACCCCACCGUGAAAACUGGAAUGGUUAUGGCUGCGCAUCUAACCACAUCUCAAUCCGGAGAGUUGUACGUUGCGGCCGCUUACGAGGAUGGACACGUCAUGGUGUUCGGUCAUCGAGGGGCCGUCAAGGAGAAAGAUUUCUCUAGCAAUGGGUCGUGGAAGUGGGAAAAACUCUACAUAUCUCGCCCCCAUUCUCAGCCUGUAUUGUCGAUCGAUGUCUGUUGUGCUACUGGAGACUAUUUCCUCUCUUCUUCUGCGGACGCCCUGCUUGUCAAGCAUCCUAUUCCUCGCCUUGGAGCUUCGGCUUCGACGGCCCGGACCGUACAGGUAGAGCAGUCGCCUUUGAGGACUAUAAAUACGAAGCAUGCCGGCCAGCAGGGUUUACGGGUUCGCUCAGAUGGAAAGAUAUUUGCCACUGCCGGGUGGGAUUCAAGGGUCAGGGUUUAUUCAUGCAAGACGAUGAAGGAGCUAGCGGUGCUUAAGUGGCACAAGGAUGGGUGCUAUGCAGUUGCGUUUGCGCAUGUUUCUUCCAUUUCGAAUAUAGGUGACUUGUCUCCUACUCCUGGCCCGGAAUCUACCCUAGGGAAGGCCGGAGACGAAGAGAACGGGGCGCAGCUUACGAAGCGUGAAGAAAGGGAUUUUUCACUUGCUCAAGUCCAGCGCCAGAGAAGCCAGAAGGUGCAAAAUACACACUGGCUAGCUGCUGGGUCGAAAGAUGGAAAGAUCUCAUUGUGGGAUAUCUACUGA